AUGUUGAUUGAUAAUACGAGCCAAAGAAAAGCUUUGGCCGAUGGUUUGUCUGCAGCCAUUGAGUCGGUGUUGGCAGAUUCUGCAAUGUCUGUAUCUGGUAGCUGGAGGGAGGGGAAAUGGGUUCCCGCAUAUUCCAUGGUAGUACCUCGGAAAGAGGCAUAA